CUGCCUCCUGUACCGCCCCAUUGGCUAUGGACUAAUCGAUUAGCAGAAACCUGCCUGAAGCCCCGCCCCCUCUCUGGGAUUUUACCCAAUUACGCGGCGGCUCCCAAGAUCUGCGGAAGCGGGAAGGCGCCAAUGAGGCCGUGGGUUGCAACGGAGGGGGCGGGGCUAACGUGCCAGCCACGCCCCUCUCUGUGACUCCGCGUUUAGGCUCCGCGCGUUUUAAAGUGAUGGUGUCCCCACAGGAUCAAAUUUCAGCGUCACAGCUGGGGACUGGCUUCGCGGUUCCUGAUGGGAGAGCAUGAGCAGGUGCUAUGUGCGACCCUGUUCUGGCCGGCCUGCCCCGGGACUCUGACUACUCUCUGCCCUGCUACUGCUCAUCUCCGUCGCCCUCCAACUUGUGUUUGCUUGAUCACAGCAAGUGUGACAAGUACUGGGGUACUUCCUCAGACAAGAACUUGGACUAUACGACUCACUGGUCCAGCACUCCAGAACCAGAGACCUCGGGGCCAGCUGCUUCAGAGAACACAGUGACAAUUACAGACUGGAAGCCAGGGAGGGACUCAGGGCCUCAGUCGCAUGGGUCUCCCCACUCCCCCAACUCAGACUCACAGGAAUGCUGUAAUGACCAGGAACUUGUGAAGAAGCAUUCGAGUAUCACUAAGAAACCAUUGGAGACCAGCUCUUCCAAAAUCAAAGGUAAGUCCACCAUGAUGAUUCCUGACACCCAGAAGCUCCUGCGAUGCGAACUGGAGUCACUCAAGAACCAGCUACAGGCCCAGACUAAGGCUUUUGAGUUCCUCAAUCACUCAGUGACCAUGUUGGAGAAAGAGAGCUGCCUGCAGCAAAUCAAGAUCCAACAGCUUGAAGGAGUCCUGAACCCCACGAGCCAGCAGACAGAGGGGAAAAAGUGGGACAUGGAUCAGGGACAGCGGGAGCUGUAUGGGGCCCUGGCGCAAGGCCUGAAGGGGCUCCAGAAGACUGUGCGGGAGAGUGAGGAGGUGCAGAAAACCCGCACUAUCCGCUACCUGCAGCUGCUGGCCCAGGAGAUCCGAGACAGCAAGAAAUUCCUGUGGGAGGAGCUGGAGCUGGUUCGGGAGGAGGUGACCUUCAUCUAUCAGAAGCUCCAGGCACAGGAGGAAGAGAUCACUGAGAACCUGGUGAACAUCCAGAAGGUGCAGAAGACCCAGGCGAAGUGCCGUAAGGUCUUGACCAAGAUGAAACAACAGGGGUGUGAGACAACCAACUGGCUGGAGACAGAGGAGAUGCCAUCAGGAGGCAAUGGCUCUUGGAGGAGUGACCUCCAGAAGGAGCUGAGUGACAUAUGCUCCCCAUCUUCCUGCAGGUCCGCCGUGCAUACGCUGCAGAACUCCUUUGAUGGCCUCACCAUGUCCUCGGGAAUGCGCCCCAAGACUGGGAGCCUCCGGGGCUACAAGGGGCACAGAUGCCUGAGUCCUCCGCUUCACUCUUGGGACUCGGACUCGGACUCGGACCAGAACCCUUCCCAGCCACCCUUCAACAAAAGCCGCUCUUUCCCACCAGGUGUGGCUCCUCCCCUGCUCCGCCCACCUUGCCCCUCCCGACCAGCCCUGGAAUCCCACAGGAUGGACCCUCCCAGCUCCCAACCUGGGCUCCUGCACUCUGACUGCCACCCCUGGGUCCCCUGGACCAGACCUGGCCCUUACCCAUCCUGUCUCCCCACAGCUUGAGCAGCCGGGUUGCUCUCCACGAAGACCCCUCCAGAGAGAAAAUAAACUAGCCGAGACCCUC